UUAUCUAUGGAUAUACUUAAUUCACAGACAUCUAUCAUCUCUAUCUAUAUUAAAUAUUAAAAUAUUGUCUAUGAGUAUAAUUGCCAAAACAAUCUUUAAUCGUGCCAGUGCUUAGUGCCUAUAUCAAAGUAUUUUUGAUGUUUUAAACUUUCUAUUAUUAUUAUUUUUUAUUUUCAUUAAAUUCGAUAUUACUUACUAUUAAGUAAAAAAUUUAAAAUUAAUUGGUGCACAAUAAGGUUUUUAUAGUUAUCUUUGAAUACAACUGUAUAAGUACUUUAACUACAUCUGUCAUGGCGCCUGUCAAAAAAAAGGUAGGUACUUUUAUAUAUUAUUAUUAUAAGUUAUACAAGACAUUUUACAUAGCUUUACAAGUUUCAUUAAAAACAAUUGAUAUUGAUUUGUAUUAGUGUUAUGAAAACAUUGAGUAACUCAGAAAAUGGUAAGGUAUUACUGUAUUAGUAAGGAAAAUAUUAGGUUGCUGUAUGUAUGCAGUGUAAUAGUAUAAAAUCUUAAAAUAAUUAUAUUAUAAUUUAUUUAAAUAGAUAACGCUCUGAUCCACUACAAUAAACCUGAUGUAUUCAUUUUAAAAAGUAAAUCCUACUUUCCUCUUCAUUUUCAGCUAUUAUUGCUGUAUCAUUCGCAAAUGUAGCAUAUGAAUAUUUUUGACAUUCAGCUUUAUUGAAAUGCAAUUGAAUGAUUGCAUUUCCUCUCUUGUGAUGUAUAUGGCUUCUUGAAUGUAUACAUUAAAUAUGUUAGGUGAGAGAAUGCAACCCUUGCCUUAAUAUUUUUCUUAUUCAUAAUUUUUUUUCAGUUUCACCUAGUGGCACCGAAGUAGUUUAAAAAUACUCGGGAAAACAAGUCUGAUUGUUAUAUUAAAUACAAUAUUAUAAUAUAUAAUUUAUAGCACUAUUUGUAUAGUUUCUACUUAUACUAUGUAUAUUUAAAAUCACUGGCACCGCCCCCCACCCACUACCAAAAAAUUUGAACCAGUACCCUAAAUUCAGCACCACUGGUUUCACCAAUUUUUAUAAUAGCUAUUUAUAGUUUAUAAAAUAAUCUCGUUUGAGUGUGCUUUACACUUGCUCUCUUUAGUAUUUUGAACCUUACUGACCCGUGAAUUAAUAUAUAUAAUUAUUUAUUUAAUCAUAACUUUUAAACUGACAAAUAUAAAUAUACAAAAACAUCUAAACUGUUACAUUAUAGUCAAAAUUGAAAGUUUUAUCUGUUUUAAGAAGCUAGGAUUUUUUUUAAAAAAGAACAGUGGCCUUGACGAAGAUGUGAAAUAUAAAAUUUAGUGUAGUUGGAUAAAGAUAAGAGAAACAUAAAAUGAAAGUUUAGGACGAAAGUGGCUAACCCCACAUAGUUGAGAUAAAGCCAAAGGAAAAAAAGAAGCUAGAGUAAAAUUCAACCACUAUCACUUGGGUAAUUUCAAUUUUAAAAAACAUAUUUGUUUUCUUUAAUUUCUUUGUUUGGUAGAAAACAUUUGUUUAUUUUUUUUAUUUAGUGAAUUUAGUUAAAGUUCCUACAUGAUGAGUUUAAAUUUAUUUAAGUGGCAUUUAACCGGCACAUAUUAAUAGUGUAAGAAAAAAAAUAAAUAUUUUUUCUGCAAAAUAAAGAAAAGAAGUACACAAAGAUAAAUAAUUUUUUAAAACAGAAAAUAGACAACUGGAAGUGUUUACUUUCAUGUAGCUUAUUGAUCUAAAUGUAUGAAAAACUAAAUCGCUUUCAACCACCUUAACAAAUUAUUGGUUUCUUAAAUAUCUGAUUAAUAUAGAAACACACCAAAUUAUUGUGUUUUAGAAUAUAAAUUAAAAAUAGGAGUCUGUUUAAAUGCAUUUAAAUCAUUAAAGAAGAUAGACCAAAUUAAAUAAAAGUUGCUACUUUUACUACUAAUGUAAAAGCAAUUUUGCUUUGUAUUUAAUUUAUAUAAAAUAAAUUAUUGUGUACUAUAUAGGUUCUUAAAAAUAUAUUGGUCUAUACUUAAUGAUUUGCAUUUAUCAAGACAACAUUUUUCUGGGUUUAUAUUUUUACCUUUAAAUUUAGUAAAUUUAUUUUUAGUGUAAUACACAUUCACUAUAACAAAUUAUAUUAAAAAAUCUAAGUUUUUUAUACUUGAAGCCAUAAAUUGAAUAGAUACUUAAUAAAUAAAUGUAACAAUUAAUUCAAGGUAUUGUAAAACAUGUUUAACAUAAAUUUGCUUACUCAGAAUCGUAUUUCAUUAGCAAUGAUUUAUAGUUACGUAGGCACGGAUAUAAAUUAAAUAACUAAAUAUCUUACCUUCUUAACCUUACCCAUAUCUAUCAGCAGUAUCAGUACAUUUUAAUAUUGUUUUUUUUUUCUAGGAAGCAAUAAUACUCUCAAUUGAUAUUGGAAAAAAUUCUUUACAACUAGAUUCAGAUGGAAAAACGUAUUUUGAAAAAGCUUUAUUUUGUGCUUCUAUGAUUCUACAGAGAAAAGUAGAUAUUAUUAACUGUGUUUUAAUAUGUUAAAAUUAGUUAAGAUUGACAAUGUAUUAUAACAAUAAUUUGUUUAUUUUUAAUCUAGUUAUUAACUGAAAGUAAAGAUGAUUUAGCAUUAAUACUAUUUGGUUCAUCUCAAACAAACAAUCCUUUUUCGUCAAAUGGAAAUUGUUAUAAAAAUAUAGAAAUUGUUACUAGUUUAGGAGCGAUUACUUGGGAUUUACUCCAACAUAUUACUAAUUUAUCUUCUACAGAUAUAACACCUUCAGAUUGGCUUAGCACCCUUGUUAUUGCUACUGAUAUGUUGAAAAAGGAAAGCGAGUAUGUGUUGAUUUUAAAAUUUGUAGAUCUACUUUGAUGUGUAGUUAGUAAAAAUACACUUAAUUACGUAAUUUAAAAUUAGACUUAUAAUUUACUAUAUUAGUAUAUAUUUCACUUUAUUCAUAAUAUUAUCAUAAUGAACAUUUCCAUUAAAAAUUAACUUCAAAUAAUUGCCAUACAAAUUUGACAUAAAUAUAUUUUUUUUUCUCAGAAGUGAGUGAAUAAUUAAUAAUUUAAAUUAAAUCUCAUAUUAAAUAUACAUAAUAUUACAUGUAAAAUAAAAAAAUAUUUAUACAAUUAUUUGAUACUUAUACAUUUCUGGUUUUUAUUUAAUUUGUUAAUAUUUAAUAAUUAUUUAUUUUUUAGUGAUAAAAUAUUCAGUGACCUCCAGAUUGUUAUGUUUUCAAAUUUACCUGAUGGUGUUUCGUUAGAUAAAAUAGAUAAUAUAACAAGAUGUAUCCAACAACUAAGUAUUAAGUUAACUAUUAUGUAAGUUAUAAAAUGUGUAUUAUUUAGUUGUCUAAAAUGUAUUUUGUCAUUAUUAUAUCUACAAUUUAAUUUAUUAUUUUAUUAAGCAGACAUAAUUAUUUUUUAAUUAGUUUUAUAAUUUUAGAGGCUGUGAAUAUACGUCAUUCAAUCCAGUGUUGGAAACAUUUAUUACAGAUACAAAGGUAAGAUAAAUGAGUAAUUAUUUAAUUAUUUCUGUAUUUUAUCAUUGUGGUUAAAUCCUAAAAUGUAUUUAUUUUUUUUUAUCAUACUUAAGAUUAUAUCCCAUAAAAGAGUAUAGUUUACUAAUUAUUAGGGACAGAUAUAAAUACAUAAUUUUUUGAUACAUGAAUAUGCACUUUUCAAGAAAAGAAAAAAUAUUUUAUUGCUAAAAAAACUUUAUUUAUUCUGAAUUUACAAUAAAUGAAAUUAAUUUCAAAAAAAAUAACAGUUAGGAUGAAUUUAAAUGCAAUUAGUUACUAAUUUACAUUUGUUUACAUGUGUUUAUUAUUUAUAUUUUUAUAAAUAACAGGAAUGACCUCCAAAUAAUGUUCUAAUAAAUAAAUAGAUUGUUUUUAUAUUUAGGCUACUUGUGUUGAUUUUGAUUCUGUUUUACAUCAACUAAGUCAUUGUAAACCAAAAGAAACAACUCCUAGAGCUUGGAAUGUUCCUUUAGGCUUUGGAAAUGUUUUCAGUAUUAAAGUUUCUGGUUACAAAAAGGUAUUUUAGUUUGCAUUUAAUAAAUAUUUUAAAAUUAAAGUAAUAUAUUAGUUUAAUAUUAAGUAUAGUUUAUAGUUUAUUUAAGUUAUUAUUUUUUUUCUAUCGUCUGUUUGUUUAAGUAUAACGUGUUGAUUUAAUUACAGAUAGAUGAAGUUCCAAAAGGAUUUAAGUGGUUAUUGUGUAAAAAUUAUGAUACAGAAGAUUCAAUAACACCAGUACAAAAGCAUACAUCUUUCUAUUAUGUGGACAAUGGUGUCCAAAAAGAAGUUGAUCAUGAUCAUAUAAUAGAUGGAUUUCGUUUUGGUGAUACAAUUGUACCGGUAUCAAGUAAAUACUUCACAAAAAUAAAAAUAAAAUUUGUAUUAAUUAUAAUUUUAAAUAACUUUGUUUCAUAGAUAUAGAUAUAGAUGCGUAUGGCUAUAAAUCUGGCCCCAAAAGUUUACAAGUAUUAGGGUUUACAAAAUCUAAAAAUAUACAAAGGUCAUUUUUAAUGGAUGGAGGAUCUUAUAUUUUUAAACCUGAUGUGGUAAGUUAAAUAAACUUUACAAAUAAAAAUAAAAAUUGUAUUUAUGAAGUCUUCAAAAAAAUGUAUCAUGAUGGUGAGUAUGGUGAUAAAUUAAUCAUAUUUUAUGGUGUCUUAUUGUGUAAAUUGAAGAGAUAUUAUGAAUUGUUAAGAUAAAUAGUGUACAUAUAUUUUAUGUCUGUUAUUUUACUUAUUUAUAUUUAUUUGUUGUAGAAUGAUUUUAUUGCAUUUAAUUCUAUAUUUAAAGCUAUGGUUGAAAGAGAAGAAAUUAUGAUUGUUAGAAAAGUAUAUUGCGCUAACAGCAUGCCGAACAUUGGUGCAAUGUUUCCUCAAACUGAAGAUGAUGAAAAUGUACAUAUAUUUUAACAUAAUAUCUCACUUUUAACUAGUUUUUAAAAAAUUGAAAUAUUUUUAUUUUAUUUUAGUAUUUUGUUUACGUCAAUCUACCAUAUGCUGAAGAUGAGCAUUUGUUUAAGUUACCAUCAUUAAAAUUAUUUAAACCAAAUGCUGAACAAAAAAUUGCUGUGCAUGGCCUUAUCAAUGCAAUGGAUUUGGAUGAUGAUGAGUAAAUUAGAAUAUAAUAUUAAAUUGUAUAAUUUGUAUUCCUUUAAUUAUUUGAUUAUUGUUAUUUUAGAGAUGAAUUAUUUUUACCAGAGAAUACAUAUAAUCCAGAACUACAAUACAUGUAUUAUUGUAUAGUUCAAAAAGCUAUCAAUAAAGAUAAACCAUUAAUAAAAACAAUCCCGAAAAAUAUUCAAAACUUUUUAUACCCCAAUAAAAAUUUGAUGGAACAGGCUAAACAUCCAAUAAAUAUGAUAAAAGAAUUGUUUUCACUUGUACCAAAAAUUGAUGAAAAGUAUAUACUUUGUGUCAUUAAACUAUUAAAUAUUUAUUUUUUUUUGUUAAUUUAAUAGAAAAUUACUAAAGAAUAAUGUUACUUCAAAAGUUGAACUCGGUGACGAAAAAGAAUAUAUUAAAAAGCCAUGUGUAAUUUCAGCUUACAACCCCGUAGAAGAUUUUAAUAAACUUUUAGAAGAGGGAAUUGAAUCAAAUAUAGGUAAAACUACAAUUUGUUUUUUUUUUUUACAUUUUAAAUUUUAAGUUAAAUAUUUGAAGAUUCUAUGUUUUUAUAAAUAAAAUUCAGUACUUUUUUUAUUGCAUUUUUAAUCUAGUUAUCCAUCUAAUUCAGUGGUUACCACUAGGAUUCUGAAAAGAGCCAAAUAUAAUUUUUGAAAAUUAUAUGCGGUCCGCAUACAGUAAAUCAAUUCUAAUUUUUUUUGCAAUAUUGACUUAAAAAAAAUGUUAGCGGUUUUUUUUUUAUUAAAUACAUUUUUUCUUGAACCUACCUGUCAAACUGGUAAUUCAAUUAAAGUUAAAAGUCUACAGAUAAAAUAUACAAGAAUAAUAAGAUAAAAUAAAUAAAAGGUAAUAAUAAUGUAGUGUGGCAUUUUGCCAUCACAUAAAUGAUGCUAUAAUACUCCCCCACUUCUUUUUUUCAUUGGCCUAUUAAUAUAAUCCAUUAAGAUCCUUAAUAAUUUCUACAACUUUUCUCCACUUAUCCCUAUUUGUUUCCCUUAAGCAUGUCAAUGAUUUCUAGAACACAGAGUCUUUAUGACUCAUUAUUCUUCCUUCCUUCAAUUAUUACUGAAUAAACAUUAUACACUGGUACAUAAAUCCUUCUGAAAAUAUUUCUCUUGAAUUUUUGAAAUUUUUGUCACCUUUAUUCUCCCUCACUUCCAAUUUAAAGGUGUAAUAUUUCGUUAACAGGUUGAUGGAAAUCAAAAUUGUUGUUUACAUUAAAAUGUAUUUAAAAGAAAGCUGUCCAAGGGUAAUGAAGACUGGUGCAGCCACUGUUUAAAUUGGGAAUUUGGGAAAGUGGGAUAUAGAUGUGAAUUUAAUGUAUAUCUAUAUAACGAAUAACAAUUGUUAAUAAUUCUGAGCGGAGUUCGGUUGAUAGUGUUGCUUUGUCAACAAUAUAUAUGUCAUAUUAUGGUAAAAUAAUUAAAUAUGUAUUAAACAUUUUUUUUAAUAAUAUUUGUUAAUAUUCUACCUUCAGUUUUUUCAACUCUCUUUUCUGGUUUUUCAUAUUUAUUGGGAAAAUCAAAAAAAAGACCUCUCCAGUCAGAUUUCCUUUUGGAAAAAAUGCUGUAAAUUGAAGCAAAAUUGCUAGAAGAAAAGUUAUCCACAGAAAAAAAAAAAUUAACAUCAUUGUAAAACCAAUAUUUUUCUCACUCCAUUUAGAAUCUAAAAAUAAUGGUAAAAAUUACAUUUUAGUGUUGCUUGGUUUUUAAAUUGCCAAAUAAGCAAAAAUAGUUCAUUUUUCCUGGGUAUUAUUUGGGUAUAUCUUCAUGGGACACUGUAUAUUUAACCUUUCCUACUUUUUCCUAUUUAAAACAAAGAAAAUUCCAGUGAAAAAUUUCCAGAAAAUUAAAAGUAUGAAUAAUUUAAUGUUUUUAAUUGUAAUACUAUAUGUAGGAUUUGAUAUUAUUAAAAUUAAUGAUUAUUUAAUCAACUAAAAUAACAACUAUAAAUUGCAUUUAUCACUUACUAUGUUAAAUUAUUGCUGUCUUUCAAAUAAGAUAAACCUUGUAUUUACUGUGAGGUCAUGUGAAUAAACUAAAAACCAAUGUUGACUGAACAUUUAGUUAAAACUGGGUAGAAAUAAAAUUUUAGCUUAAAAUAGCAUUUUUACUAUAUUAAAAUUGAUAAAAACUAGAUGUAUCUAUUAAAAACCCAUUCUAUUGAAUGCCCUUGGCCCUUAAAUAUAACUAGUUUUUAUUAAUAAAUUCUUGUUUUAUCUAAUUCUAGGUUUUACUUCAACAUCUAUAACUAUUUAAAGUCAAUUAAUUGUUUAAUUCUUUUUUUAGUUUGUGAAACUAUGAAAACCAUCACGGUAGAGUUAAUAGAAUCAAGUACUACUCUUGAUGAAUUAAAAAAACCAGCAUCAAAUUUAAAGGCUUUAAGACAGUUCUAUAUUCAUAACAAGGAUAUCAAUUCUUAUAACAAUUGGAUGUACCACGUAAAAGAUUCAGUUCUUCUAUCUGGUAAAGAAAACAUGUGGUCACAAUUCAUUGACAGUAAGUUUUGCAUAAUAUGUAUUAAAUCUGAUUUUCUAAAUCAUUUGCAGUAUAGGUACAUAUUCAGUAUAAAAAAUUACUAACCAUCAAUUUAUAAAUUUAGGUGGAAUAGGACUUAUUACAAAUCAAGAAGUAGAAAUUAGUGAUAUUUCACAAGAACUGUCUGAAGAGUUUAUGAAACAUGAAGAACCAGAAGAUAUAACAGCAGAAUAUAUUAUUGAUGAUGAUGACCCAGUAAGAUAUAAAAUAAAGUAUAUAUUGGACUCCCCUAACUCACUUUUUUUAAAAACCUAUUAUUAAUGUCUAACAUAAAGAGUUACCUUGAAUUACUAAUGAAAACAUUAAAAGAGGUCUAACUAAGAGGUAGAUAAAAAUACUAAAUUAAAAUAAUGCAGAAUUAGAAUUGGUUUAAUUUUACUCUUUUGAACAUUUGUAAACAGUAAGUUAUGAUAGUUUUUAUUAUGAAUAUAUAUUAUAUAUAUUAGGGCAUUUCUUAUUUUUGGAUCAAGUACCUAAGUGAGAAAACUAAAUAAAAAGAAUCAUUUUAUUUUUUCAGUUUUUUAUUUUAACACAAUAUAAAACCCUAUAUGAGUUGAAUUUUAGAUUCUGAGCGUAGCGAGGGAGCUAUUGGUUUUACAACGCUGUUUAUUUUUUUGUUCUUUGUUCUAGUCUGUUGACACGUUUUUUUCUAAGUAAACUUGCACCAAUUUUUACAUAUAGUAACUUUUCUGAAAGUUCAAGUUGUCCAGAUAGCACUGUAAAAUACGGUAAUUUUUUUGAUUUUCAACGCCUCUUUUUAAAUAAAAGCACUUAAGUGUGAAAAAAACAUACAAUUUUACGAUUUGAUUAUUUUAUAAAAACACAGACAACGUUUUCUACCAGAAAAAAUUAUUUAAUUGAAAAAUCACAAGAUACCUUUUUUGUUGCCCUUUUUGAUUUACUUUCUUACAGUAUCAUCACUAGUAGUUGUGAGCUUUUAAGGAAUUUUAAUUUUUGGGAGUUUUUUUGCCGUGAUUCGGUUAUAAAUACUAUUAAAGACUUUAAACUUAGUAAUAAUAGUUAUGUUGAACUUACUUAGACAUAGUAAAAUUUCCAAAAUAGUUAAACAACUUUUUUUUUUUUAAUAAGCGUUUUAAAUUAAAUGUAAACGAAAAUCACAAAAAUGAUGUCUAACUGAAUUGCGCUCGAAAUCAUCUUUCGUCAAGCAAUGGUUUACCGUUGCUUUGAAAUAUAAAUGAAAUAACAUUAUGUAUCCUACCUUCCCAACUUCCCACCUACAACAGUGGCCGCUCCCAUCCUCAGUAUCAGCUCUUUUUUCGUGUAAAGUAUACAUGUUUUUACGAUGUUUAAGACUUUAAUUUAUCCUUAUGCUCAGUAUAUCCUAAAAAGAAAUCUAAAUGGAUAGGACUCAGGGAGAGGGAAACUAAUUUUAACGCAGUCGUUCAUGUUUUUGUUUUUGCUUAUUUUUAAAUGUAUGUUUUUAAUGCUCCAUCAAAAUUAAUUUUUUUUUUUCUUUGAAGAAGAGUAGUAGUUGUUAGUAGUAGUUGUUAGUUGAUUUCUACCAAUUUAAAAAUUUUUUCGGAUAUGAUAUACUGAUUAUAUCAGUAUUUCACGUAAAAACUUUGAAUUCCUAAAAAGUCAAAAAAGGAACAUCCUAAUAUAUAUAUAUUGUAAUAUCUAAUAUUAUAUUAAUGAGUACCUAUAAUAUUAAUCUAGGGUACCUCGAGGAAAUUGUAUUCAAUUUCUGAAAACAACUGGUUUUUGAAUAAAUUUUAUUUAUAAGUAUGAACAAUAUCAUUGGUUUAAAUUCUGCUUACUGUAAGACUAUAUCUAAUAAUACUUUUCCUAUACUGUUCUUCCUAUUCUUCACAAGAACCUUUAUUGUGGAACUCUACCUUUCCCGUUAAGUUCAAUUCAGUUCAUUCUUUACCAGAGGAUCACAGGAUUCCAGUGUAUGAUCUAAUUGACAAUCUUAAUUAUAUACUCAUAGUUCAAAUUAUUAUUCUGUAUACAACUAUAUAAUUAUUUCAGGUUUUCUUAAUUUUGAUUAUUUUCUAUUGAACCUAAUGCAAAUCAUAUCAAGCUGAAAAUAAUUAUCCCUUAUAAUUAUUCUGUAUUACGUUUUUUGUUCCCAUAUCAUUUGUUAAUUAAUCCUUAAUUAUAUUAUUAUUAUUUUUUUUUUUACAGCUGAAAGAAUUUCUGUAAACCAAAUUAAAUUUUGGUCAAAUGAAAAUACAAUUUUCUUUUAUUCAUUGAAUGUUACCAUAAAGUAUCCUCUACACUCCUAUGCAAACAGGAAGAAAAAGAUUCCUAUGGAAAUAUAAUUUCGUAAUCAAAUAAAUAAUGGAUUUAUAACUUGUUAUUGAAAUGUAUAUAAAUUGUAUAAAAUGCUAAAUAUUAGUUUGCAUAAUAAUUUAUUAGUUAUUACUGUAAAGUGU